GAAAAAGAAAAGACAAAUAGAUUAUCGUUCUCCGAUCUGUAAAACUCCAUCGACCGUUAGAGAGAGAGAAAGAAAGGAGACCAAGGCCAAAGGUACAAAGAGACUCUAAUCUUCUUUGCUGUUAUAUUUAAAAUAAACUACGACGAUGAAGAACUCUGAAAGACUCGCCAAUUUGGCUUUAGCAGGGUUGUCAUUGGCACCUCUUGUCGUGAAAGUAGACCCUAAUUUGAAUGUUAUUUUGACUGCAUGCCUCACAGUAUAUGUGGGUUGUUAUCGUUCUGUGAAGCCAACUCCACCAUCAGAGACAAUGUCUAACGAGCAUGCUAUGCGUUUUCCAUUUGUUGGGAGUGCAAUGUUGUUAUCACUUUUUUUGCUGUUCAAGUUCUUAUCAAAAGACUUGGUUAAUGCUGUCUUGACAUGCUAUUUCUUUGUGCUUGGGGUCGUCGCUCUUUCGGCAACAAUAGUGCCCGCCAUAAAACGCUUCUUGCCAAAGCAUUGGAAUGAGGACCUUAUCAUUUGGCGUCUUCCAUACUUCCGCUCUUUCGAGAUCGAGUUCACAAGAUCUCAGAUCGUAGCUGCAAUCCCUGGAACCUUUUUCUGUGCAUGGUAUGCUUCGCAGAAGCAUUGGCUGGCUAAUAACGUUCUGGGUCUUGCUUUCUGCAUUCAGGGAAUUGAAAUGCUUUCCCUUGGAUCAUUUAAGACUGGUGCCAUUCUCUUGGCUGGGCUUUUUGUAUACGACAUUUUCUGGGUUUUUUUCACUCCUGUGAUGGUCAGUGUUGCAAAGUCUUUUGAUGCUCCUAUAAAGCUUUUGUUCCCAACAGGAAACUCUGCUCGACCAUUUUCCAUGCUCGGACUUGGUGACAUUGUAAUUCCUGGCAUUUUUGUAGCACUAGCGUUAAGAUUUGAUGUGUCCAGAGGGAAAGAGAGCCAGUAUUUUAAGAGUGCUUUUUUGGGAUACACAGUUGGAGUGGUUCUUACAAUUAUUGUAAUGAACUGGUUUCAAGCUGCACAGCCUGCACUUUUGUAUAUCGUACCGGCCGUUAUUGGAUUCUUAGCUGCUCACUGUAUUUGGAAUGGAGAAGUCAAACCGUUAAUGGAGUUUGACGAGUCAAAGACUGCGGUUUCGUCUCAAGACGGUAGCAGCGGUGACGAAUCUAGCAAGAAGGUUGAAUGAGUUAGAAGAGAAGCAGAGAGACCAUUUGAAUUUAGCCUGGGAAGGAUAAGUGUUUAAUUUAGACAGAAGGAUAUAGUGUUCAGUUUUAAGGUCAAUCUUGGCUAUAACCUUGUUCUACUACUUUGUGACAGAUUUUGGAAUUAAGCAAGAAAUAAUGAAGAUUAAUUUAAUUUUACA